UCAGAAGAUCCCCGACCCCCUUUAAAAAAGAACUUUUUUUUUUCUUCUCCAUCCCACUCCAGAUAGAAUCUUUUUUGCGUCCGAGAAGUGAGGAGUUCUUUGCCCCUGGGUCCUUCUAUAUUUCCCACAAAACACUCCCCCGCUGAUUUUUCUUCCAUUCCUUCCCCCCCAAGACCACCCCAGUUUUGAUCAAAAUUGCGCAAUAGGCAUUGAUCAUCAUCUAUUGUUGAUGGCACUGUUACGCAAUGUUCUACUUUCUGCCUACCCAAUCCCAGAAGCUCCUACCUGCCGAUGUUGGCAUAUGUGACCAUUUGGCCCGAUAAUGAUAUUUUUUCAAGGUUUAUUCCCCCUUUUUUUAUAUCCUUUCCUGCCCAAGUAGUGUGUUUUAUUGAAUGUCACCGCAUUUCCGAAAGUUGCGCCACUGAAAACUGUGCCAAUGAAUGUGCAAUAACCCGAACCCAUCAUUCUGUAGAAUUAAUCCUUCACAAACGCGUCUGGGUGCCGGUCAACCCGUUGGCUACAUACGCUGAAGACAGAAACACGUUUUCGCUUCCAGUGAUUAGAUGUCGCAGGGAAUUCUGUUUGUUGAUAUGUUUGCGCAUGUUGUUUGUGAUUUUAUAACUACUGUUGGAAUAUAUUUGCUUUGAACAUUAAAAGAAUUAGAAUUUUUGUUUUUGUUUUGUUCGAAUAGAGUAAGUUAUGAGUAUUCGAAUGAACAUUGUUUAUAGUUAUCGAGUUGUAGUGCUGUAAAUAGCACUUAGCUUUUCUUCAUUUUCAAAUUUGAAAAAACAAAUUGAAGAACUUAUAUUUAGGGAAACAAGAAUUCAGAUGUAGCCUUCAAGGUGGAUCCAGAAAAAAGUUAACCGUGGCCGCUGACUAUGAAGGACGGGCCGGAGGUUGCGGAAGGAGUGAAGACUGCAAGCAGCGCCACCAACGGUGGAGGCGACAAGUGCGAUAUGAGAUCUUUGGACGAGCAAAGUCGCCGUAACGGCGUGGCCGAGGUGGCUGUGGACAUCAACGCCCUGCCUGUUGGCGGCACCUUAAUCACAGACGCCGCCAGCACCAAUGGAGACAGCGACAAAACCAAAAACGGUGUCCCAAAGAACGGCGAGAAGCAGUUCUUCUGCAGGAUCUGUAACCGAAGCUUCGGUUACAAGCAUGUCUUGCAAAACCAUGAACGUACACAUACAGGCGAAAAACCAUUUGAGUGUCCUGAGUGCCACAAACGGUUUACGCGGGAUCACCACCUCAAGACUCACAUGCGUUUGCACACGGGUGAAAAGCCAUAUCAAUGUUCCCACUGCGAUCGCCACUUUGUGCAAGUUGCUAACCUCAGGCGACAUCUUCGAGUGCACACGGGUGAGCGGCCUUAUGCUUGCCAAAUGUGUGAGUCCCGUUUCUCAGACAGCAAUCAACUGAAAGCUCACAUGCUCAUUCACCGAGGUGAGAAACCCUUUCAGUGUCAAGAGUGCCUGGGACGAUUCCGUCGCAGACAUCACCUGAUUCAUCACAAAUGCCCUAAAGAUGAAUCCAACUUGGGCAAGUCCAGGAAAGGCAGGCGACCCAAAGUUUACGAGCAAAUCCAUACUUCCGACCAUGAAGAUCACGAAGAUCUUGAUGGUGAACUUCUGCCUGACAUUUCGGAUAACGAGGAGAACAUGGUUGACACCAACAACUCCUCAUCAGAAGCUGAGCAACCAUCUCCUCCGUCUGUUCAUCCAGUAGAAACUAUUAUCCACCACAAUAAUCAUCACAACAAUCAUCACAAUGAGAUAAUGGUAAUAACCAAUGGCGUUACCAAUGGUACACACGGCAUCAACGGUACAAACGGAACCAAUGGUACCAACGGUAAUCGAAGAAAACCAAGUAGAACCAUUCGCAUUUUAACUCCCCAACAACGCGAGCUUUUUAUUCGAGACAAAUUAACCAUGCAAACGCAAGCUAUAGACAUGAGGUUGUCUCCGUCCUCUGUCGAGGUGCAACCAGUGACAGUUAUUGUUCCAAAUAGGUUUCUCUCGACUGUCGAGGGGGUCCUCGAUCUGUCUAGUUCGAGGAGUGACUCCGAAGUGGAGGCUAUCGAGGAUGACCUCCGCCACCAUCGUAAUAGCUGUGAAUGCCACCUUCAUCCAUUUGCCACAAGACCACUGUCCCAGAGGAUUGCUGACCAGAAGAGCAAAAUAAUAGGCAUCGCAAAGCCUCUAAACGGAACAGGUAGGACCGCGCACCAUAGUGAUGAUUCAAACGAAUCGCAUUUAAACGGCGGAAGACACUUAAGUGAUGAUGACAACAGCAUAGGUGCUAUAGCACUGACCACUAAAAAACUCCACGUGGCGACUGCAUGAUGGCAUUUUGCAUAGGUGAUAUUUUGGUAGAUGUUCCUGUACCACAUUGAUUGAGUGGACACUUUACAAGUCGCGGCGGCUCUUUGGAAACACAAAUCAACCAAAAGUUGCACCGAAGAGUUUUCGAUAAACAUUGUCACACCAACUGCAGUUAGAGCAUUUCACCCUUAUGAUUGGGUUUAUGAUCGCUAAAUCAAAACAACCUUAAUUCGCUUUUAGCUUUACUUUAUCUAGCUUUAUUGGCUAUAAUUCCAUUAAGGUUUGGGUAAAUUUAAUAUGUUAUAUUUUAUGUGUACGCAAUAUUUGAUUAGAGAGAAAUGGGCUUAAGGUUAUUUGUGGUAAAUGGCUUAUAAUCAAGAUUUAAAUGUUUAAUUAUUAUUAUUAUUCCAGACUUAUUCACUUACUUAAGUAACCCAAAACUGUUGCGAAUGUAAACAUUUAUCGUGUAAAUUUGCCUGAGAACUUGGUUGAUUCUUUUUGAAUUCCCAUGCUUAGUAUAUUUCAAAAGUUGAAGAAUUAAGGGCAAAAUCUUUUAUAGUUUAACAUUUUCAAAUUUUACACAAAACUGUGAUUAGGAUAUUAAAUCAGAUUUAAUCUGUUGGUAUUGUGUUCUUUAUAUAAGAGAAAAUUACUUAGAUCUAGUGAUUCCACCUCUUUUUGACAGUUAACAUUUAACAGUUUUUUUUAAUUGUUUAUGUAAGGUACUUUGAAGAAUUAAGUGCAAAUUUUAAUUUACCAGUAUCAAUUUUUAAGAAUUUUUACACAAAACUGAGACAGGAUCAAGUUCAAUUUCGUGUUGCUCUGUUCUUUAUCUGAAAGAAUAGUCUAUUUGAUUUUGAGAUACAAGCUAAUUUUGACCGUUGUCUUUUAACUGUUUAUGUUAGGUACUUUUUAACAAUUGUAUACAAAUUCCUUUACUAAUUUAGCAUUUUUAGAAUGUUAGCACAAAACUGUGAUUAGAAUAUAGAGUCAAGUUUAAUUCGUUGCUACUCUGUUCUUUACGAACUCAAAAAGAAUAUUCAGUUCUAGCUGAUUUUGUUAAUUUAGAGCCUGUUUAAUAUGUUGUUGAUUUGUUGUUCCUAGUUGAUUAGUUGAGAUUAUGAUAUUAUAUAUUUAGUAAUCAAAUAUAUCAAAGUCUUUGGUUUUAAUGUUCCUAAAAUGCUCUGACUGCAGUUGGUAUUUAAAGUGACGUCAUUUAGCAUUUGAAAUACUGGUGAAAAAAAGAUAAAGAUGUAAAUCACGUAUUUGUAAAAAUAUUAAGUAAAUAAUGACAUAAACUCGAAUUUAUCAUUUAGUCUGCUGAUAACGAAGAAAGUUGUUCUUGAAACACAAUUCUAAAACUAUGAACUCAGUGUUACAACGUAAAUAUCACAAUUAUAUUUUUUAUCAUCUGCAUCUUUUUAACUCAACGUUACUUCUCAACUAUUUUGCUUUUUUUACAUUUACAUCUAACUCUUAUUUAGGAUAAGUUGGGUGUCAAUUCUACAAAAAAAAAUUUUUCAAUUAUAUUUUUUGCCAUAUUCAUCAAAAAAAUUUUUUCAGUAAGCAUUAAUUUUUUUUACAUUUGCAUCAAAAUUGCAUUUAAUUUUUAGCCAAUUUAAACCUAUUGCUCAGUUUUACAGUAUAAUUUAGCAAGUAUUGCCAUUUUGAAUAUAAUUUUGGUGAUAUUUAAACUGGUGAUGUCCUUACAAAACUGUUUUGAGAAAAUUGAUGUU